AUGCAGCCGUCGCAUAACUUCGGGAUGCAGGCGGCGCAUCCGUUUGGGACCCAAGCAACGCUAGCGCCACUCAUGAACAACACACCUCGCGCCCAGAAGCGCCGCCACGAAGGUGACGAAGAGCAGCAAUCCCGUCGUCCGCUAUCGCGCGAUGCCUCAAUGGACCGCUCCCCGCCACCCGAGCGGCCUCGCAAGGGUCUCGCCAAGCGUGCGCGGAUGGUUCCGGCGGAGCCGUCGGGUCGCUCGCAGACCAAGGAGAAUAAGACGCCCGAUGGGGAGGAGGAGCAUGACGUGGACGUGGGGGUUCUGUUGGCAAACCUGCCGCCGCAAUCGCUUCUGCCAAUGCUCACUGCCCUCGUUACCCAACAACCACAACUCAAGCGCACGAUCCUGAACCUGAUCCCACGACCCACGCUCGAGAGCGCGUUGCAGACCCUUGCCACUGCGGCGAAGAAGCUUAGCGAAGCGUACCCGUACUCUGGCCCCCAGGCUCCCGCCCCUACCUUCGCCUUCGGUGCCUCUGCUCCCUCACCCUUCGCCCAGCCGCAACAACACCAGCCUAUGCGGGAAUCGUACAUCACGGACCGUCUCCGGCCGCACGUAGCCGAGUUCGUGUCCGCGUGCACAUCGUAUCUUCCUUACUUCUCGUAUACGGCUGCACCUGCGCCGGGCAAGCCCAAGGAAAAGCCGCACGCCAUGGAGACAUACCUCUUCCUCGAGGCUUUGACGCAGCACGUGUACGCGCAGCAACCGCUCGCUCAGUCGUCGCUCGCGCAGGUGUUCUUGCAACGGCUGGUCGAGGAGUGGACAGCUUGGGUGGAUGGUGUAGACGAAGUCGUGAAUCGGCAGGGAGGGAUGUACGGGAGCGAUGCGGUGCGCUCAUGGGAGCGUGGACUGGACUACUUUGCUGGUCGGGAUGGAGAGUGGUCGCAAGGCAUGCGCGGCGUACGGGACCGAUGGGUAGGUAAGGUUGGAUGGCUCGUUGGACGCACGCCUUCGCACCCCAUGAUGGACUUGUAG